AUGACAAUGGCUUUGAAAUCCAAAAAUAAACUUUGUUUUAUUAAUGGAAACCUUCAUCCACCGUCAAUUGAUGAUUCCACAUUUGAAGCGUGGGAUCGAUGCAAUACCAUAGUUCUUGGAUGGAUUCAUAGAUCCAUUACUCAGACUAUUGCUCAGUCCAUAUUAUGGAUUGAAAAGGCCUCAGAUGCAUGGCAUGAUUUAAAGCACAGAUUUUCUCAAUCAGAUGUAUUCCGUAUAUGUGAUUUACAAGAGGAUUUAUAUAAGUUGUGCCAAGGAGAUAAGAAUGUUAGUGAGUAUUUCACUCUGUUGAAUACAAUGUGGGAAGAAUUGGAGAACUUGAAGCCAAUUCCCAAUCCAAUAGUUCCAUGUGCAUGUGGAGCAAUAGCAAAAAUGCGUGAGUAUCGUGAAAAGGAUCAGACUGUGAGAUUUCUUCGUGGCCUUAAUGAGCAGUAUUCUCAUGUAAGGUCACAGAUAAUGUUUAUAGAUCCAUUACCGAAUGUAGCAAAGGCCUUUUCUCUGGUGAUACAACAAGAACGUCAGAUGCAAUCUGAAAAUAAUCUGAGUUUCACAAACAAUCACCAAACUCUUGCAGCAAUGGGAGAUCAGUCAAGAAGGAACAAUUAUUUUAACAAUGGAAGAGGCUAUAGAGGACGUGGUCGCUACAAUGGAGGAAGAGGACAAAGUUUUGCAAAAUUCUAUACACAUUGUAACAAAAAUAAUCACACUAUUGAGUCUUGCUAUGUUCUUCAUGGAUUUCCACCAAGAUACAUAAACAAUGGAGGAAGAGGAGCUAUGUCAGCUGCUAAUGCAGUCACCAAUCUUCAAUCUCAAGAAGAAAAUGUUAUGAAGCAAGAUAAUUCCUCAAUGGCUGCCAUUCAAGAUCAGUACCAACACAUAUUGAAUUUGUUAUAA